AUGGCCAUUCCAAAAGCUCUCUACUCUUUAGCCAUCCUUGUCCUUCUCUUUGUGGUUGCAAGUAGUCAAACUUUGUGCAAUCCAGAAUGCAAGGCUAAAGAACCCUUCAACUGCGACAAUGUUCUUACAUUCAACCGAUCUGGAUUUGCAAAGAAUUUCACUUUUGGUGCAGCUACUUCUGCAUACCAGAUUGAAGGUGCUGCAUAUAGAGCAUUGAAUGGAUGGGACUACUACACUCAUAGAUAUCCAGAAAAAGUUCCAGAUAGGAGUUCAGCAGACCUUGCUUGUGAUUCGUAUCAUCUUUACAAGGAGGAUGUAGCACUACUAGUAAAACUCAAGGCUCAAGCAUACCGAUUCUCAAUAGCAUGGUCAAGGGUCUUACCAAGAAUCACUACUAUGCAGGCAGCCUUGAAUUGUGGUUCGCCACAAGCCCAUCUUAAAGGAGCUCAAAGGCAAAUCAACAUUUCUACUCUUUUGUAA